AUGAAAGGGAAGGUUCAGGAGAGGCUAAAUCAAGCCAUCGAGGAAGGCAAUGAAAACUAUCAGAAAGCCUUGGAGUACAAGAUGUCAAUUCUUGAACGAGAAAAAAUAGAGGGUCUCAAGGCAGACAGUAUUGCGAUGAAUGUGGAGAAGACACGAGAAUUAAUGAUAAACUUGGAGCGGUAUCUUUCCCAGGAAGAUGGCCAGAAAGGUCUUGGUAUGUGGCUAUUUGGACUUGAUAAGCCAACUGCACUUGAUGCGCACUUGGUUGUUUUCAUCGAACGGAUGAGAGAUAUCGGACGAAGCGAGUUGAUCCCAGAAGGCCUGCAGGCUUAUGCGGACAGAGCCAAAAUGGUCACAGCAUGGAAAUCAUUGAUGCAAGGACGUUCAACUAUGGUCGGGAAUAAGUAG